AUGAUCUCAGCGCGCUCUGCCCCACUCCACACCCGCCUUGGAGAGCUCUGCAGACGGGGACGAGGCUGCUUCCAUCUCCCCCGAGCCUUUUGCGAAAUUUCAGCCUGCUUUCGGCUUUUAACCCAGCUGCGCACCGCUCCAAGGCGUAAAAUAAGCACCGUGCGUCUCUCCAAAAACUCGCAGAGAAAACUGCUCCCCCUGCUGGUCUCCUGUCGCCAUUACACCAUGGAUCUUCUUCCCUGUGAGGAGCUGGAGUGCGUGGUGUGCUUCAACCUGUACUCUCGCUCAGACCGCAUCCCCCGCGUGCUGCACUGUCACCACACCUUCUGCUCCGUGUGUCUGGAGAAGCUGUCGCACCAGAGGGAGGCGGUCCGCACCGUCUGCUGCCCGCUCUGUCGCUGGAUCACCUGCACCAACGCCACCCUCAGCCUGCCGGGGUCGCUGUGGGUCAACACCGACAUAUGGGACCAGAUCUCAGAGGACCAGCUGAGGGAGAGAGGCUUCGACAUAGAGAUGGACCAACGAGAGAUGAUGAGGCAACAAGUGCCAAGCUCCAAACCAUCAUCGCUGCUCGAUAUUCUCCUUCGAAUGUUCGUCUGUGGAACCAACAACAGACACUGA